GUUAGAAAGUCUACGGCUUGAAAAUUUCAAUCGGUGUAAUUCACCCCCAUUGCCGUUGCAAUACAAUUCCAACCAACUUCCACUAAUGGGUUCUCAAGAUUUUGAGGAUUUAGGCAUCUGGGACUAUAUUUUGGACGAUGCUGCUGUUCCAUCACCUUUUGAUUACGAGGUGGUUGAUGAAAAUCCCCUGACAACAAUGGCGGAAUCCAUCGUCUGUUCGAACAGUGUUUCGGGUGAUGUUUUCAGGAUGCUUGAUUGGGGGAUGGAAGGUUGGGGGAAACACGAUGGGGAAGGCAUGACAAAAAAUGGGAGUUGCUCUAAGAGAAUGUCUGCUGCUCCAUUGGAAUUGGACGAGAUUCAGAAGUAUUUCGACGUGCCGAUAACUCAGGCGGCCAAGGAAUUGAAGGUGGGAUUAACGGUUUUGAAGAGGAGGUGCAGGGAACUGAAUAUCAUGAGGUGGCCGCACAGAAAGCUCAGGAGCUUGAAUGCUCUCAUUGAAAAUGUUAAGGGGAUGGGAUUGACGGAUGAGCUGAGGAUGCUGGAGGAGCACAAGAGGAUUCUAGAGCAGCUGCCGGACAUGGAGUUGCCGGAGAGAGCCAAGAGGCUGAGGCAAGCUUGCUUCAAAGCCAACUACAAGAAGAAGAGGACUUGGUGUUUGACUGCGGGUCCAUGAUUUAGUCUGGCUUUAGCUUAUAUGCACAAAAUUAUAGAAUAGAUGAGAAAAUCAGGACAUGUUAUAUGGGUACAACAUGUUAUGAGAGUGAAUCCCACAUCUUCGGGACAAUUGACGAGAUUGGCAUCUUUUCGAUUCAAAAGCGUCAAAAGCUUAAUUUGUGUUGAUGUGAUCUUGAACUAUGUGCCUAGGUAU